CGCAUUACACUUGUUUCGCUUUUCGACUCGGGUAUUAACGUUAGCUAGUUAGCUUUUCUGCGGUGUUGUUAUGAGCAGUGUGCAGUAGAGUUUUCUUUAAUUCGCAUUGAUUUAUACUUCGUUUGGGACUAAUCUUUAUCGUGAAGGGCUUUUGUUUGACAAAUGGUGUCAUGGGAAGCAGACAUCGCUAGCUAGGUGGUUCGUUGUCUUUAGCAUCUUCGCUAAUUGACUGGCUGCGGGGCGUAACAUUAAGUUGUUUACGUAGAGCUUUCUAAUUCAGCUAUUUGUUUUUUUUCCGUUCAAACUUACACUUCAAAUGACUUGCUGUGUAAUCAAAAUGAAAUGGAUAUCGUAGUUAUUUUCUAUCAAACAACACCUUCAAUUGUUAAGUUCUUUAAAUUUCGACGGUACAUUCGCCUGCUUUCAUCUAGCUAGCAACACAGACUCUAGCUUAGCAAGGAUGGAGAAACCUCCUUUCAAACAGACUCAAUUCUGUGGAGCUUGGUUAAUGAAAGAGAGAUUGGGAACCGGUGGAUUUGGUCAUGUCUAUUUGUAUCAGCAUCAGGAAUCAUCAGAGAAAAUUGCUGUAAAACUCUGUCGGCUUGAACUCAAUGCGAGGAACAAAGACCGAUGGAGUCGAGAGAUCCAGAUAAUGAAAAAGUUGAACCACCUGAAUGUGGUGACUGCAAGGGAUGUACCUGAAGAGAUGAAACACAUUGCCUUGAAUGACUUGCCCCUUUUAGCCAUGGAGUACUGUUCCAGGGGAGACCUUCGUAAGUUAUUAAGCAAACCUGAGAAUUGCUGUGGACUAAAAGAAAGCGAGGUGCUAUCCUUACUCAAUGACGUCGGUUCAGGAAUUCAAUAUCUUCAUGCAAACAAAAUCAUCCACAGAGACUUAAAGCCAGAGAAUAUUGUACUUCAGGAAAUCAAUGGAAAGCUGGUCCACAAGAUAAUAGACCUGGGCUAUGCAAAAGAUUUGGAUCAAGGGAGCCUUUGCACUUCGUUUGUGGGCACUCUGCAGUAUCUUGCCCCUGAGUUAUUUGAGAGCAAACCCUACACAGUCACUGUGGACUACUGGAGCUUUGGCACAAUGAUCUUCGAGUGUAGUUGCGGUUUUCGUCCAUUUUUACAUAACCUGCAACCUGUGCAAUGGACUAGCAAAGUACGUAACAAAGGCCCAAAGGACAUCAUGGCGAUAGAGGAUAUGAAUGGAGAAGUGCGGUUUUCAACUCACCUUCCUUACCCUAAUAAUCUCAGCAGCACGCUGUUGGAGCCUUUGGAGUGUUUGCUACAGUUAAUGCUAAAGUGGGAUCCAGUUCAGAGGGGAGGAGUAAUAAAUCCUGAUACUAAACAACCACAAUGCUUUGCGCAACUUGAGCAAAUACUGAAUAUGAAGGUCGUGCACGUCUUGAAUAUGACUACAACCGCGGUUCAUUCUUUCCGUCUGGGCACUGAGGAGACCCUUCACUCGCUGCAGCAGAGUAUUGAGAAUGUGACAAAAAUUGAUCAAGGGAAUCAAGAGCUUCUGCAGGAAACAGGAGUCAUGCUGGAUCCCAGAAAGCCUGCGGCACAAUGCGUUCUGGAUGGAGUCAGAGGAUGGGACAGCUACAUAGUGUAUCUGUUUGAUAAGAGCCUAACCAAGUACAAUGGACCAUUUACUGCCAGGCCUCUUCCAGAGAGUGUGAACUUCAUCGUACGUGAGACCAAGACCCAGCUUCCCUUGAAUUCCCUCAAGAAGGUUUGGGGUGAGGCAGUGAGCUACAUCUGUGGCCUCAGGGAGGACUAUAGCCGCCUUUUCCAGGGCCAAAGAGCUGCCAUGUUGAGCCUUCUUCGCUACAACACCAACCUCACUAGAUACAAGACUCUGAUGUUUUCAUGUUCACAGCAGUUAAAAGCCAAGCUUGAUUUCUUUAAAAGUAGUAUCCAGUAUGAUCUGGAGAAGUACAGUGAUCAGAUGCAGUAUGGAAUAUCUUCUGAAAAAAUGCUAAAGGCAUGGCAGGACAAUGAAGAAAAAGCUGCUGCAUUUGGACAGGUUGCAGAGAUUGCUCAUCUAGAUGAAGAGAUUAUGGCCUUGCACUCUGAGAUUGUGGAGCUUCAGAGAAGUCCUUAUGCUCGACGCCAAGGAGAUGUCAUGGAGCAGCUUGAGGAGAAAGCCAUUGAACUUUACAAACAGCUGAAAGCUAAAUGUAAAAUGAAUGACUCUCAGCAUGGCUACAGUGACAGUUCUGAGAUGGUCAAAGUAAUUGUUCAGACAGUACAGAAUCAAGACAAAGUAUUGAAGGAUCUCUAUGCACAUCUUAGUAAAAUUCUGCAGAGCAAGCAGAAGAUUAUUGAAUUGUUCCCGAAGAUUGAAAAGACACUGGAGAACAUUAAGGAGGCGGAUGGCAUCGUUAUGCAGAUGCAGAUGAAGAGACAGAGGGAGUUCUGGCAUUUACUAAAAAUUGCAUGUGCACAGAACACCACUCGUAGCCACAGUGCAGAUGUAUCCCCUUGUGUCUCGGCCUGGUAUCAGAAUGCUCAGCAGUCCUGCUCUCCGUGCCUGCCCGUGUCUCUGCCUUCACCACCUGACACUGAAACGGUCAACUAUCUACUGGAGGAGAAUCAAAAGUACUUAAACCAGCUUACAAGCCUGCUGCAGGAGACAUCUGAGGAGAAAGCAGAGAGUAUAGUGGAGCAAGACUGGAGCUGGACUAAGUAUGAAACCCUGUUUGCAAAAUUACGUUUAUAAGUUUAAUUCAUACUAUGAUAUUCUUCACCUGCAUGGAUUUCUGUUGCCACGUAUGGGUUUUCAUGAUAGUAAUCUAUCAAAUUCAUGGUUUAUAGUGCAGUAGCAACAUAAUGACAUGCACAUAUAAUGAUGGCUUUUUUUUUACUGGAAAAAUGCCACCAUACACAAGCAAAUUUUAUCCAUACACUUUUAAAACAUUGUUCUUUAUCCAGGCCUCAGGCCAUGUCAGAGCACCCAGAUUGUUAUUCUGUUCCUCACACGAGCAAAAUAAAAAAAGAACAUGUGUGGACUGUACUGGUGACCAUGAGAACUGGUCUGAGAACCACUGCUUUAAAUACACAAGUGUUUAUUUAUUAUAAAUAAAUAAAUCUCCUCUGUAUGGGCUGAUUGUA